AUGGCCAACCAAACUUUCUCGAUCCUCGGCAAGCGCAUCUCGCUCCUGCUCGGCGGUCUGCUCAUCGCCCUGGCGCUCGUAUUGCCAGCAUCCAGCGCGUUCGCUCAAGAUGCUCCAAAGAUCGCCUACGUCAACCUGCAGCGCGCGCUCAACGAGGUCGAGGAGGGCAAGAAAGCAAAGGCCAGCCUCAAGAAGGACUUCGAGAAGAAGCAGAAGGCGCUCAACGCCAAGCAGGAAGAACUCCAGAAGCUCAAAGAGGAGCUCGAGUCUGGCGGCAUGAUGCUCUCCGAAGAGGCCAAGCGCCAGAAGGUCAUGACCUUCCAGCAGAAGAUGUACGAGCUCCAGCAGGAGUACAUGCAGAUGCAGGGUGAGCUCGCACAAUCCGAGGCCAAAGAGACCCAGAAGAUCUUCGACAAGAUGGGCAAGAUCAUCGAGGAGAUCGCCAAGGAGCGCAAAUACGACCUCGUGCUCGAGAGCACCGAGUCCGCCAUCCUCUACGCCGGUGAGGGCAUGGACUUCACCGACGAGCUGAUCAAGCGCUACAACGCAAACAACAAGACAGACGCGACGUCACGCCAUGCGUGGCGCCGCGUCUUGUUGAUCGCGCUGACCGCUUGCCUGGGCGCCUGUGAUUGCGACGACAAGUUGCGCAAGAUGCUCAGUGACGGCAAAGGCGAACAACGUCGUGGGGAUACGAGAAAGGAUGGGAGCGAUCAGCCCAUAUCGUCCGAUCCCACAGAGACCGAGCCCAACGAGAGCUCCUCGCAAGCCAGCGCCUACGAGCUCGGCAGCGAGCUUCGGUCGGUCCUCUCCGAGUUCUCCACCCAAAAAGACAUCGAUUGGUACACGAUCACCUCCAGUGAGGAUCGUCUCAUCGAACUCACCGUGGACCCCACAGAGCCAUCACUCGAUCCCGUGAUCGUGCUCUCGGUGGGCGGCGAAGAGCUUCGUUAUGAUAUCGCCAGGGCGGGCGAGCCCGAGGUGAUCCCGGUGGUUUUGCUCGGCAGCCAGAGGUUGUUGCUGCGCGUCGAGGCAAAGGCUGGCGCCGGAAAGUACGCCAUCCGCUUCAAGAAGCGUUUGGCGGGCGGUCAGAUCGAGUCUGAACCCAAUGACCUUCCCGCUGUCGCCACUCGCCACGAGGCUCCUGGCGAGAUCGAAGGGUUUCACGAUCGUCCCCAGGAUACAGACCUGUAUCACCUGGUCUUCCCCGAGGUGCCCGAGGGUGAGGUCGCACUCUACGCGAUCGAGGUGAUCGCAUCGCGCGAGCUUGGCGAGCGCGUAUCGUUCAUGCUCACGCCAUCCGGCGAGCCGAUCAUGACCUCGCAGAUCGACCCCGAAGGUAAGAUCGCGCUCCCGAACCUCGCGAUCACCAAGGCGCGCCCCGACCUCUGGCUAAAGCUCGAGGGCACCGAGAAGUUCUCCAGAGAGCAGCCUUAUCGCGUCGUCGUGCGCGCAGUGAAGGCGGGGGAUCGCGCGGCCGGUCAGUUCUUUGACGCCGAGCCCAAUGAUAGCGCCGAGGCUGCUCAGGAGCUCCUCAUGGGCAACGAUCCGAUCCAGGUCGCGGGGUUCUUCCACCGCGCCGAGGAUAUGGAUUACUUCGCGCUGGUGUUGGGGGAUUCCGAAGCGACCACAGCUCCAGAUGGAGCACCCGCCGAGGAGAAGCCCGAACCCUCGAAACUUCCCGAUAAGUCGGAGAAGAUCCAGGACCUGUUCGGCGAUGAUAAGCCGACCGGGCUCGGUGCUGCGCCUGGACCUUCGCUCCCGCCGCUUCCCGUGAAGACGCCUCCGCCGCACGCGCUCAAGCUCGAGGUGAAGCCGCUCCGCGACGACCUCAAGUUGGUCCUGCGCUGGGGGGCAUCCGGCGAGGAGCGAACGCACCUGGCGACCACGGCUGGCGAGUCGAUCUCACUGUGCAACGUGCCGCUCUCGGCGGGGAAAUACCCCUUCGCCAUCGCGCCACAAUCACUCGGCGACAGGGCCGAGGGCGUCGAUGGUAAACCCGACUAUCGCGUGGUCAUCGAGGAUUUGCUCGCCGGUUCUCCCGAAGGCUCGGCUCGCGAGAUCGAGCCAAACGAGACCUUCGAGCAACCCGAUGCGCUCCCGCUCGGAGGCAAGGUGACAGGUUACCUCGCGUCGAGCGCAGAUCGCGACAUCUUCGCGCUCGAUAUCCUCGCCACAGAGGGAGCAGAUCCGCUGGCACCGGCGCCUUCGACGACGAUCGAGUUGGCCGCGCACCCGCUCGACACGAUCCUCAAGGUCUAUGAUGACCAGGGGCUCGUGUUGGCGGAGCAGGAUACGGGCGGGGCAGGGCGCGCCGAAAAGUUCACCUUCCGCCUGCCUCCCGGGCGCUACUUCGUGGAGGUGCGCUCCAAGCUCGGGUCUUCCUGCGAGCCUUAUCUUCUUGGCGCGCGUCGCUAG